ACUUCUACAAGUCUCCACUGUGCCGCAGUCCACCCACGCGUACAAACAGCUGCUCGCCAUCCACGCGAGGAACCCUAGCCCCCGCGCCCCAAACCCUAGGCGGCCUCCCCGAUCCCGGGGUCCAAGCGCAAUGGCGUCGCCGGACGUGUUCCCCAACGUUUCCUUCUCCGACGUCUCGGCCGCCGCCGUCGCGCCGGCGGCGGACGGGGCCACAGCCGCGUUCGGGAUCGACGCCGCCACCGGGGGCCCGCGCCUCAGCCUUGUGAAGGCUGGGAAGCCCGAGGUGGAGCCGACGGUGCAGGUCAACCUCUCCGACGCGCAGAUAUUUAAGCUGGGGCCGAGGGAGUGGCUGUGCGUGAGCGACGAGUCGGAGGCCAAGGCUGGCGUGGAGGAGAAGUCAUUUUCAAGAGCGAUUAAUGUUGUUCUUAGGACAGAAGCUGAGAGCAAAGCCUUCUAUUUAACUUUUCAACGAUGGAAACACCGAGUGAUUAGUGGAAAAGCUGGUGAGUCGUUGGGGAAUGGAUCAAUAAUUUCUUCGAUAAGCAAAUUUGAUACAAAAAUUGAGGCAUCGUCAGCAAAGAUGUAUUUCCACUACUAUGGCCAGCUAUUGCAUCAACAAAAUAUGUUACAAGAUUUUGUGAGGACAGGAACAUACUAUGCUGCUGUUAUGGAAAACCAAUCCGACUUUGAGGGUCGAGUUGUGGUUGAUGUUGGAGCUGGUAGUGGUAUUCUUUCGUUAUUCGCUGCCCAGGCUGGUGCCAGACAUGUCUAUGCAGUUGAGGCAUCUGAAAUGGCUGAACAUGCUCAACGGUUAAUCUCUGGGAACCCAUCUCUUGGACAACGGAUCACGGUCAUCAAAGGAAAGGUCGAAGAAGUUGAACUUCCAGAGAAAGCUGACAUACUGAUUUCUGAGCCUAUGGGAACCCUUUUGGUUAAUGAGAGGAUGCUAGAGUCCUAUGUUAUAGCUAGAGAAAGAUUCCUUGCUCCAGAUGGUAAAAUGUUUCCAACAACAGGAAGGAUUCACAUGGCUCCAUUUUCUGAUGAAUACCUUUAUGUUGAAAUGGCAAACAAGGCUCUCUUUUGGCAGCAGCACAACUUUUUUGGUGUUGAUCUUACACCUUUGCAUGGUUCAGCGUUCCAGGGAUAUUUUUCACAGCCUGUUGUGGAUGCAUUUGACCCAAGAUUAUUGAUCUCUCCGCCUACAUAUCAUACACUUGAUUUUACUAGCAUGAAGGAAGAGGAGCUUUACGAAAUUGACAUUCCUCUGAGUUUUGUAGCAUCUGUUGGCACUAGAGUACAUGGGCUAGCUUGUUGGUUUGAUGUAUUGUUCAAUGGGAGCACUGUGCAAAGGUGGCUUACCACUGCUCCAGGAUCCCCUACCACUCACUGGUACCAACUGCGAUGUGUACUUUCACAGCCAUUGUAUGUCAUGGCUGGCCAAGAAAUAACAGGCCACCUUCAUCUGGUAGCCCACAGUGCUCAAAGCUACACAAUAUACUUGACGAUGUCAGCUAAAAUGUGGGGUGUGGGUGCGGAGCAAGGUGGCAUCCUACAGACAGCCACAGGAAAAUUUGAACUCAAGGAGCCAUACUACAGGUUGUCUCAACCACAAUCCUACAUGAUGCCCCAAGAUCAACAGCAGCAGCAGCAGUUACCAUCUUUGCAGCCACAGGGAUCUGAGCUGCAGAUGCAAGAUGGUCUUAGCCCUGGCAUCACGAUAGAUCAAGUAGACCAAGACUGCGGCCUUCACUAGAUAGCCUGGAAAUCUGAGUUGCAUCGAAUGCUUUGCUUCCAGCAACGAGCUCAGGUCUGUACAACAGUGUGCUUCUUAGCCGAUGUUGUUAGCUGCCAAAGGCUAACAUCCCAUUCGAGGUGUACGAGAUCAUUCCUGAGUUGUGCAGCUGCAGCUAAUUGUGCUCGUGUCUGCUCCGUUAUUUAAGAGGGAGUCAAAGAAGCAACUAUAAAGUGUAUUUGGUUUCA